GCUAGAUAAAUUCCAAAGGUAUGGAAUGGCAAGAUUUGCUUUCAAUUUUGAUAUUGAAGAUUUGAAGGAUGAUGAUGGAAGUAGCAUUCAUACCUAUGUGAAUCUGCCUGGUGAAGCUCAUCUUGAGCCUUUGUACCAUACCCAAAAGCCACAUAGUGUGCAUUUAUCUGAAACCAUCCUAAAGAGCUUUGAAGCCAUACCAGAAGAAGAAAUAAUAAAAGGACCUGCAAGCAUAAAAUAUAUUUCACCUAAUUACCUUGAGCAUCUAUUGAUGAAGGAUGAAUGCAAAAAGCAACUUGUGUCUGAAUAUGAUUGUGUACCACAUGUGUAUGAGGGUGGGCUCAAGAUUUGGGAAGGAUCCCUGGACUUGGUGCAUUACCUGAAAGAUAACACUAAUUCAUCUUUGAAGGGCAAGCGUGUCUUGGAACUGGGUUGUGGAUUUGGGCUUCCGGGGCUUUAUGCAUACAUUCAGGGUGCGAGAGUCACAUUCCAAGACUUCAACCAGGAAGUCCUUGAGUCCUGUACAGUUGUGAAUGCUCUUCUCAAUGCCAAUGAAAAGAAUGAAGUAGAGCAUGAUUGUGAAUUCAUUCAAGGGGAUUGGUCCAUACUUGCAAGUAUUCUAGAACCAAGAGCAUUUGAUGUCAUCUUGUCAUCAGAAACAAUUUACAACAGUCAGUCAGUGCCUCAUCUGUGUGACUUAUUGAAGCAUUCCCUUGACCCUCAAGAGCCUGGAUUUGUUUUCAUGGUCCCUAUCUUAGGCAUUGGAAAGACAACAUUGGUCCAGAAAUCUACUGCCUACCUCCAGUCACAUGGGAAGGAAGUUAGUGGCUUCUACACAGAAGAAGUAAGAGAGGGCGGGAAAAGGGCUGGCUUUGACAUUGUCACCAUGGAUGGGAAACGUGGCCCUUUGGCUCGCAUCUUAGGUGGCCAGGGACCUAGAGUAGGGCAGUAUGUAGUUGAUGUCAAGUCUUUGGAAGAUCUCACACUUCCUGUUCUGACAAAUCAUUCAAAUGGAGUGCUGAUCAUCGAUGAGGUAGGGAAGAUGGAAUGCUUCAGCGAGAAGUUUGUGUCUAGUGUGAGACAAGCAUUUCUAGAUGCAGGGGUGAAAAUUCUUGCAACAAUCCCAGUUCCUCGUCUGCAUCAAAUCCCGCUUGUUGAAGAAAUUCGGAGUUCUCCAUCCAUCAAUCUCAUCACAGUGAGC